GCUCCCGCUGGUGCUGCUGGAGUUCGGGCAGCGCUUCCCGUAGCGGCGGCGGCAGCUCCCACCAAACAUGUCGGCUCCCGCCGGGCCCCGGAGCGGCCCCGCCGCUCCUCAGCCUCCUCCGGCCCCGCAGCCCGAGAUGCCGGACCUCAGCCACCUCACGGAGGAAGAGCGGAAGAUCAUCCUGGCAGUCAUGGACCGCCAGAAGAAGGAAGAGGAGAAGGAGCAAUCCGUGCUCAAGGUCAAAGAAGAGCAAAAACCACAGCCGACACAGUGGUUUCCCUUUAGUGGGAUCACUGAGCUGGUAAAUAACGUUCUUCAACCACAGCAAAAACUGCAAAAUGAAAAGGAGCCCCAGACAAAAUUACAUCAGCAGUUUGAGAUGUAUAAGGAGCAAGUGAAGAAGAUGGGAGAAGAAUCACAGCAGCACCAGGAGCAGAAGGGUGAUGCCCCAACCUGUGGCAUCUGCCACAAAACAAAAUUUGCUGAUGGCUGUGGCCAUAACUGUUCAUAUUGCCAAACUAAAUUCUGUGCUCGCUGCGGAGGAAGAGUGUCUCUGCGGUCAAAUAAGGAGGACAAAGUGGUAAUGUGGGUAUGUAACUUGUGCCGAAAACAACAAGAAAUCCUCACAAAAUCAGGAGCCUGGUUCUAUAACAGCGGAUCCCACGCACCACAGCAGCCAGACCAAGAAGGAAUUCGAGCUCUGAGGAACGAGGAAGCACCUCAAGAGAAGAAAGCAAAACUGCAGGAGCAUCCGCAGUACCAAGGACCUUCAGGUGACAUAUCCACACAAGCUUUGGACAAAAACAGAUCUCAAGGGCUCACAAGACAAGACUCAAUUAAGAAUGGUUCAACAGUAAAGCAUCAAGUAACAAGUGACACAUCAGACAGGAAAAGAAGCCCUUCAAUAUCAAGAGAACAGAGCAGAAGAUACGAGCAGAGGGACGAGAGAGACGAAUAUUCACAGUAUGCUACAUCAGACAGUGCGAUGCCCAGGUCACCAUCAGAUUAUUCAGAUAGGCGAUCACAGCGUGGGCCUCAGUUAUACGAAGAACCUGAACUGGGUGAUUAUAGGGAUUCCAACAGGAGGAGCCGCAGGCGUUCCAAGGAGUAUCCGGUAGAAGAAGAAGAUGCACAAAGCAGGGAAGAAUAUGAAAGGCAAAGGAGAGAAGAGGAAUACCAGGCACGAUACCGGAGUGAUCCUAAUUUGGCUCGUUAUCCAGUCAAGCCACAGCCAUAUGAGGAACAAAUGCGUAUCCACGCUGAAGUGUCCCGAGCACGUCAUGAACGGAGACACAGCGAUGUCUCACUGGCAAAUACAGAGUUGGAAGAUUCUCGGAUGUCCAUGCUCAGGAUGGAACGGCCAUCAAGACAAAGAUCAGUGUCUGAGCGCAGGGCUGCCAUGGAAAAUCAACGUUCAUACUCUAUGGAAAGAACUCGAGAGGCUCAGGGACCAAGUCCCAAUCGUCAGAGGACCACAAAUCAUAGCCCUCCUACACCUAGGAGGAGUCCAAUUCCCCUGGAAAGACCAGACAUGAGGCGCUCUGAUUCUUUAAGGAAACAGCACCAUUUGGAUCCCAGUUCUGCUGUCCGGAAAACAAAACGUGAAAAGAUGGAGACCAUGUUACGGAAUGAUUCCCUCAGCUCAGAUCAGUCUGAAUCUGUCAGGCCUCCACCACCAAAGCCCCAUAAAACGAAAAAAGGAGGUAAAAUGCGCCAGGUUUCAUUAAGUAGCUCAGAAGAAGAAUUGGCAUCCACUCCAGAAUAUACAAGUUGUGAUGAUGUAGAGAUUGAAAGUGAAAGUGUUAGUGAAAAAGGGGACAGUCAAAGGGGAAAAAGACAAACUAGGGAGCAGGCAGUUUUGUCGGAUUCUAACACCUUAUCCGAGAGGCAAAAGAAAAUGGUGUGCUUUGGUGGCCACUCUUUGGAAGAGGACUUGGAAUGGUCUGAGCCUCAGAUAAAAGACUCUGGGGUAGAUACGUGUAGUAGCACAACUCUAAACGAGGAACAUAGCCAUAGUGAGAAGCAUCCAGUAACUUGGCAACCAUCCAAAGAUGGAGAUCGUCUCAUUGGUCGGAUUUUGUUAAAUAAACGACUAAAAGAUGGAAGUGUGCCUAGAGAUUCAGGAGCAAUGCUUGGAUUGAAGGUAGUAGGAGGAAAGAUGACUGAAUCAGGUCGACUCUGCGCAUUUAUCACCAAAGUUAAAAAAGGAAGCUUAGCUGAUACAGUGGGGCAUCUUAGACCAGGUGAUGAAGUUUUAGAAUGGAAUGGAAGGAUACUACAAGGAGCCACCUUUGAGGAGGUGUAUAAUAUUAUUUUAGAAUCCAAACCUGAGCCACAAGUAGAGCUAGUAGUUUCAAGACCAAUAGGGGACAUUCCCAGAAUACCUGACAGCACACAUGCACAGCUGGAGUCCAGUUCUAGUUCAUUUGAAUCUCAGAAAAUGGACCGACCUUCUAUUUCAGUGACUUCUCCUAUGAGUCCCGGCAUGUUAAGGGAUGUCCCACAGUUCUUGUCUGGACAACUUUCAAGCCAAAGCCUUAGUAGAAGAACAACGCCUUUUGUUCCUAGGGUUCAGAUAAAACUGUGGUAUGACAAGGUUGGUCAUCAGUUAAUAGUGACCAUACUUGGAGCAAAGGAUCUUCCUUCAAGGGAAGAUGGGAGGCCAAGGAAUCCUUAUGUUAAAAUUUACUUUCUUCCAGACAGAAGUGAUAAAAAUAAAAGAAGAACAAAAACAGUAAAGAAAACGUUGGAACCUAAGUGGAAUCAGACAUUUAUUUAUUCUCCAGUUCAUCGGAGAGAGUUUAGAGAACGAAUGUUAGAAAUCACUCUUUGGGACCAAGCACGAGUUCGAGAGGAAGAAAGUGAAUUUUUAGGAGAGAUUCUCAUUGAGUUAGAGACAGCAUUGCUAGAUGAUGAACCUCACUGGUACAAACUUCAAACACAUGAUGUCUCUUCAUUGCCACUUCCCCAUCCCUCACCAUAUUUGCCACGCAGACAACUCCAUGGCGAGAGUCCCACACGGAGGUUACAAAAUAAAGGCUUUUAUUCAUAUAAUUCAGGAUCCAAAAGAAUCAGUGACAGUGAAGUUUCUGAUUAUGACUGUGACGAUGGAAUUGGUGUUGUUUCAGAUUACCGACAUAAUGGGAGAGAUCUUCAAAGUUCAACACUAUCAGUGCCAGAGCAAGUAAUGUCAUCUAAUCAUUGUUCUCGAUCAGGGUCCCCUCACCGUGGAGAUAGUAUAGGACGGACUAGAUCGUGGUCUCCCAGUGUCCCUCCCCCACAAAGUCGGAAUGUGGAUCAGGGACUGCGAGGGACUCGAUCUACUCCUGCGCAUUACAACACCCUGAACCGAAUGGACAGACACCGUGUCAUAGAUGACCACUACUCCCCAGACAGAGAGAGUCAUUAUGUUACUUUACCUCGUUCCCGGUACACCCAGUCCACAGAUCACCAUUACAGGGAUGUCAGCCAGGAUCACACAAUGUAUCCUCUAUUUUGUGAAGAUGCAAUCAGAUUACUCCGCUCCCGUACGAUGUGCCGUACCUAUUCUGAGGGUGCUUACUAUGAUCUUGAGAGGAGGACUAGGCAGGAGAGAAGAGUGCCUAAUUCAUAUUAUGAUGACACAGCCUAUACUCCUGAAAGGUGGUACAAUGGUGCAAGUUCAUGGGCAGAUGAUAUAGUCAAUGGUUCAGCUGAAAAAUAUGGAAGCGAGACAGUGGAUGUUUUUGCUGAUGAAGCUUCCCAUUCAGAAACAGAACUGAUAGAAGAACAAGUGAGGAAUUGUGAAGCAGCAGAUAGACAGCCAUAUCAAAGAUCCAGAUCAACAGAGCAACGUCCUGUGCUAGAGCGGACCAACUCCCGCUCCCGAUCCACAGAGCGUCCUGACUCAAACCUCAUCAGGUCGAUGCCUUCAUUAAUGACUGGAAGAUCUGCCCCUCCUUCACCUGCCUUACCGAGGUCACAUCCUCGAACUGGGUCUGUCCAGACAAGUCCAUCAAGUACUCCAGUAGCAGGGCGAAGGGGCAGGCAGUUACCGCAGCUCCCACCCAAGGGGACGUUGGAGAGAAACAAUGGAGAGAAGGAGAUAGAAUCUUAUGAAGAAGUUACAUGGGAGGACCAGCAGAAAAAGGUGAAUGGUACAAUAACUGAUGACAAACCAUUGCCGAAAAAGAAACACCAUUCUGAGACAGAAGAAGCGGAAUCAUCAAGGAGAACAAACUCAGAAGAAAAGAAAACAGAUCCAGAGAAUGGGGAUACAGGUGCAAUGGAUGUAGAAGAAAGGAGUCGCCAAAUGAAAAUGAACAAGUACAAACAGGUAGCAGGAUCAGAUUCCAGGCUGGAACAAGAUUAUCAUACUAAGUAUCGGUCAGGGCGGGACCCUCACCGAGGCUCGGACAAUGUUUCCAAUAAGUCCUCGGACAGCGAUGUCAGCGAUGUCUCGGCCGUGUCCCGCACCAGCAGCGCUUCCCGUUUCAGCAGCACCAGCUACAUGUCUGUCCAGUCAGAGCGUCCAAGGGGAAACAAGAAAAUAAGUGUCUUUACAUCCAAAAUGCAAAGCAGACAGAUGGCCAUCUCAGGAAAGAACAUGACUAAGAGCACCAGCAUCAGUGGGGAGAUGUACACGCUGGAGAAGAACGACGGCAGCCAGUCGGACACGGCAGUGGGCACUGUUGGUGGUGGCAGCAAAAAGAGACGCUCCAGCAUUGGUGCAAAGAUGGUCGCCAUCGUGGGGCUGUCAAGAAAAAGCCGUAGCACGUCACAACUCAGCCAAACUGAAGCAGGGGGCAAGAAGCUGCGGAGCACCGUCCAGAGGAGCACGGAGACAGGGCUGGCUGUGGAGAUGAGGAACUGGAUGACUCGCCAGGCAAGCCGGGAGUCAACAGAUGGGAGCAUGAACAGCUACAGCUCUGAGGGAAAUUUGAUCUUCCCUGGUGUGAGAUUGGCUGCAGACAGCCAGUUUAGUGAUUUUCUGGAUGGACUUGGUCCUGCCCAGCUUGUAGGACGACAGACGUUGGCAACACCAUCAAUGGGAGAUAUUCAGGUGGGAAUGAUGGACAAGAAAGGACAACUGGAAGUAGAAAUAAUCCGAGCCCGUGGCCUUGUUGUAAAACCAGGUUCAAAGACACUGCCAGCACCAUAUGUAAAGGUGUACCUAUUAGAAAAUGGAGUCUGCAUAGCCAAAAAGAAAACUAAGGUAGCAAGAAAAACGCUGGAACCACUUUAUCAACAACUUCUAUCAUUUGAAGAAAGUCCCCAGGGGAAAGUUUUACAGAUAAUUGUUUGGGGAGACUAUGGACGUAUGGAUCACAAAUCCUUUAUGGGAGUGGCACAGAUACUUUUAGAUGAACUGGACCUGUCCAACAUGGUGAUUGGGUGGUUCAAACUUUUCCCUCCUUCUUCCCUAGUAGACCCAACCUUAGCUCCUCUCACUAGAAGAGCUUCCCAAUCAUCUCUUGAAAGUUCAACAGGACCUUCGUACGCUCGCUCAUAGCAGCUGUGAAACUGUUGUCAUAGCAACCAGCGUUACAAAAAAAUAAAAUUACAGGUCGCAAACCCUGGUAACACUGCAUGCUUAAUGUUGUGUCUUCUGAGCCUGUUUCUAGGGCUGCAACGCGAUCCUGUGUUCUCAAGGAAGUUGCACACAUUGUGCCCUAUGGAAGGCCCUCAGGUGAUGGACUGAAAUCAUGAAGAACUGAUAGGUUUGGAGUUCAGGGACUCAGUUUUGGUCCAAUCUGAAGCCAUGGACUAAACUAAAAAAACCAAUCUGUUUCAUGCAACAAAAGUCCUUUUCAAUGGCAUAUCUGUUUUGUUGCUCCCGUUUCUUUGUUUAUCUGCCCUCCCCUCCUAAAGUUUGGUUAUGCCACAGAAAUGGAGUUACCCUCCCAUGAAGCCACGUUACAAGACAGUUAGCAGACACUGGAAGAAAAGAAGAAUCUAAGGAUGCUGGAAAAGUCAACUGACACUUGCAGCAGUUGCUUGAGAUCUGAAAACUCCUCAUAUUGAAAAGGCUCAAGUCCUAAAGUGGCGUGCUUCGUCCCCCCAGCUGUUCACACAGUGAAACCCCAGACAUUGAUGGACUCUCUGAAAAAUAAAGUUCUGUGGAUAUACUGUACUGUAUGAAAUUAAGAAACUUUUUUGCAUGGACACAGAUUUAGCUGAACACUUAAAUUAUUUUCUUGGGGCUGCAACUUGCAAAAAAAAAAAAAAAAAGAAUAAAUCAGCCAUUUUCAACAGUUUAUAUUAUUUUUAAAAAUAAAUUUCACUAGUGCAUGGUUUUAAAGGGAAGAGAAUGCACCAGGGUGAUACAAAGACACACCACGUUUAUCAUUCUUUAAACCAGUCAUGGUCUGUGUUUUUGCAGACUUAUAUUAAAAAUAAAAAAUAAUUUCUAGCAAAUAUUUAAAAUUCUGUUUAUGUGACAAGAAAUAAGUGUAAUAUAUUAAAUUUAUUUAAAUGUAAAAGGUACAAGCCUUGUAAAGUUCAACAUAAUGUGCAAAUUGUACACUUCUUUUACCUCCUUCUUUCUCUAUCUCUCCUCCCAGUCUCCCUUCUUCCUUUUGCUCUUUUUCCCCUCUACCUCCCAGGAUGAUCAGCAUAUUCUAAAAUGGCUACCUUUUGACUUAUUACUGUCUUAUGCCCCAUAUUUGGUUCAGGGUUGCAGAUUGUUCUGCAUUUCUGAAUUAUUUGAGAAAAAUAUUGUUUAAGAGCUUUUUUUCAAGCAUGUUGAAAAGGAUUUUGCAACAUGGCUUGGGAGUACAUUAAUGUAAUUCAGCAUGUAUUUGAUAAAGAAGAUAUUUGAACUUUUGCAAUUUAUUGUACAGUGCAUGGUAACUUAUUUUCAUUUUUUCUCACCUUCAAAUUGAAUUCUACAGCAAAAUACUGGAAUCAUGUGGCCAUUGUAAGAUGUCUUCAAUAAAUUUGUUUUCAGCACCAGCAUCUUUCAUUCCAAGACUGAACUAUUAUUUCUUGAAGGUUUUUGGAAAGAGGAAAAAUUAAGUACCUAAUUGAUUUUUAGGAAAACAAUUUGAGCACUUUUAUUUGCACUAAACCAAAUUGAUUGCUACAUUUUUGAAAUGACAAAAGCAACAAAGGUUACAAAUCCAUACAGUUCUUCUGCUGUAAAGUUCAAUUUUCAUAAUUUACAUUUGCAUUGCAAAAGACAUAAUUAGGUAAUAUCAGUCUGGAAAGUAUCAGUCUUUGGUUGGUAAAAUAGCCUUAAAGAAAGCUUACUGGUACCACUCUGUCAGCUAUUUGCACCAUUACCAGAACCCCAGAACCUCACUGCAGAUAAUGGAUCUUCAAAACCCUGGGUUUUGUAGCAGACAGAAACUACCAUUGGGUGGUGCUGCAAGUUCAAGCUUUUCAUUAAAUUAUGUUAUUUAAAGGGAAUGUAACUGGCUAAUGUUUAAUAACAAAAUAUCCUCUUUUUUUUUUUUUUUUUUUUUUUUUUUACCUGGGUCUUUGUAUGCCUUUAAUACCUACUUAAGGUUUAAUAUUGAAAUCUUGCAAUAAUUUUUGAAGUACAUUACAUUUACCUUUAUGGCCACACAGAAUUAUUCUGAUUUUAUUUGAAAAUUUGCUGAAGUUUCCCAUUAACAAAUUGUACAUGCCUCUUAAGAGGGAAAAAGUAAGAACAGUAUCACUUAUAAUGCCUUUUACUUUGUGCAAUAUCAUAGAAAAUGAGAUUGUGUCUUGUCUGCAGAGUUUAUAUAAUGGAUUAUUGUUAAGUUAAUAGACAGACUGGUAAAAUUAUAUUUAUUGAAAUAAUUUAGACACCUGUCUACCAGCAGCAAAUAAAUACUACUAACAUGCAGUCUACAAUAUCCCCUAGGAUAUUAAACAAAAAUACAUAACCAUUUUCCUGACACUGUGAGAUGUGCUCACACAUUCUUGUAUGCAUAGUCCUCUAUAAAUUAUUUCAAAUUUUAAAAUCAAGGACAUGACGCAUGGAAGGUUUGUACAUAAUUGUCAUUAUGCAGUAUUUAUUUAAAAAAAAAAUUAAUGUAUUUUUUUUAAUUUUCACACGUCUGCAAUUCUACUUAUGGUUUAGUCAUGUAAAUAGUACUAAUCCAGUGAUCACUGCUGUCUUGUAAAUAGUACGUUUUAAAAGGUUAAAAGGAAUUACAGUUGGGGAAAAAAAAAAAAAGGGCAGAUUAGGCCUGUAAUGAACACCAACUAAUGUAAAUCAAACUCAUUCUGGUGAUGGUAUUUAACACUUUAAAUAAAACAUUUUCUUUACAGAA